GGUAGUCCCCAGUAUACACACAACUUGUCUUGGUCGAGUUGUGUUGUGAUCCGGGGCGCACGGGCCACACCAUUUUUUGGCAUCAUCGGCGACUGUCACCCCGCUGCAGCAGCGUCCAGACAAAGAUAUGCCGCAACUCAGCGUGCUCGAUCUUCCCCAACUUUAUACCAAGCCUUCGGCCGACGCCAUCCUCGAGACACUCGUUCUACUUACCUCCGCGCCUCCCUCGUGGGAUUACCAAUCCGACCAUGCUGCAGAUCACGACUCAGGUCUUGACACAACGAAAGACAAUGAACCUCGCGCUGUACAGAUCGACCCAGAAGGAGUCACCCGGUACCUCACAAGCAUCGUGAGCAACAGCUUACAAUGGAUACAAGACGAGGGGGUCAAGGAAGAGAUAUGGAACCAGGCCAGUCUUCGCCUGAGUGAGAGGUCAGGACGUUCUGCUAGGGGCGAUCUCACUCGUCGAUUCACCAUACCCUCAACCGACGGCCCCUUCGACCUUAGUAUCCAUGAACCCGCGUUAACAGGCGACGACCUGGGCUUGAAAACUUGGGCAGCGUCAUACCUGCUCGCGAAACGUCUCCAUCUGUUUCACCUCAUACCACAAGAACAGAACAGCAAGACAAGGGUCCUCGAGCUCGGAUCAGGCACUGGCUUGGUCGGUCUAGCGAUGGCGGGCCUCGGUGCAGACGUCGUCCUGACAGAUCUGCCGAGCAUCUAUCACAAUCUUGCACGCAACGCUGAGGCAAACGCUUCAGUGUUGGAGCAGAGAGGGGGAUCCAUAAGGACUGGGGUAUUGGACUGGACCAAUCCUUGCUUGUGCACACUUUUUCCGAAAGGCGCUGUCGAUACCAACAGCGACGGCGAGGUACUCAGUGAGAAGUUUCCAUUAAUCUUGGCUGCCGAUUCUCUCUAUUCGCCAGACCAUCCACAGAUGCUUGUAGACAGCAUUGCGGCGUGGCUUUCAGAGGACCCAAGUGCAAGAGUGAUUGUAGAAUUUCCCUACAGAGAUGCAUAUUUGCCUGAGAUCGCUAACUUCCGUGAGCGAAUGAGUCGGGUAGGUUUGCAGAUCUUGGACGAAGGUGAAGAGAAGGGCUACGAUGAUUGGGGCGAUGCUAGCAAGGACCACGAUGCUCUGGUGACUUGUUGGUGGUCAUGCUGGGGAAGAAAAUUGCCAGAGCAGAAACCAUAACAGCCUUUUUACACCGCUACGUCAAGGCCUAACCUGGACGGGUAGACCUUCCAACCCAUUCACACGGUUCCGUGGGGGCGUUUGCAUGGCGUCCAGCUCCGAGGGCUCGAUAGCGUCUGUCGCGGAGGAUUUAGUCACACAAAGCGGCGCGGGUGCACCAAUUGGCGAUAUCGGCACCCUUGGUAGUCCACAAAACCCACGAUA